AUGAUGCAUAAGCAUACCACUGGUCAGAGGAAGGUCUCACCUCCUGGGCCAUCCUUCAUGUCCAGUGAUCAAGUUUCAACAUACUUGAAGGACUUGCGGUCAAAUCGUCCGGUCCGUCCAACAGGAUCUCGUCCAUACCCAGGCAGAGCAGCCGCAUCAACAAGCGAUAUUCCUGAUAGCCUUCCUCCAAGGGCAUCAUCGGCAUUAUCCAUGCACACCCCAGUCGAAGAUGAAAUUGAAGUUCACCCACGUUCAGGCAGCGCAAUGUCCCAUCGCCGGGCGAAUUCCCAUGUGCCCAGCGGCGGCGCAAUGGGUCGUCCUUUAGUUCAGGAGCCACGCACGCAUUCGAUCCGAAAGAACGUGUUUCCAGCACAAAUUCAUGCACGCACUAUUCCAAUUCCGGUAUCUCCAUCUCUGUCAUAUCGUGAAAACGGUCAACGACGACAUGAAAAGGAAGAAGCACGGGCACUACGAGACGCCUUGCAGAAAAUGGAUAUUCAGGAUGACGUUGGUCUUCACCAAGCAGCCCAGGACGAGGCCACCGAGCUAGUUUGGAUGCAUCAAAAUCCUGGUAAAGCUUUCAAAAACCCUUAUGCGCCAUACAAGAAUCCCGAUUCCGAUAGGCGCAGCCAGAGCCCUGUCCUAGAUAUUCCACGAGAAUAUAAUCCCUCGACCAAUAGAUUCAGCCAGUCAACAGGCUCAAGUGUCUCCUCUGAUGUCAACUCUAGCCCUGAGUCAGCGCGCAAACGAUCAUCUCUGGCUGGACCCUCAAAGAAGAAUCUCAAGGUUAACUUUAAACUACCUGACGAGGAACCCGAGCAGCCUCUUGCUCCCAAAUCACGCUCCGCCAGUAGUGAUUCAUCUAAAGGGAUCUUCAGGAAUCCUAACGAUCAAAUUUACGAAGAGCCCGUUGACACUCAGAAGGAACCCGAAGCAAAGCCAGACUUUUCGAAGUCGGACUCGUCAGCUUUGAAAAACAAACCGCGCAACGCUCUGGGGCGUGUUCCUAGGCCGCUACCUUGGUUGCAAAAUAGAGCUCACAGCAGCCCUUUGAUGGAUAAGAUCUCGCGGUUUGAAAUCAACAAGAACCCUCCCCCCCAGCCACGAAAUGCCGGCUAUACUCGAAACGAAAGCGCUACUCCUCCUUCUACUCAGUCACACAACGCCGGUUACACUAGAAAUGAGCUUGUUACUCCAACUCCUCCUCCCGAACAAAAGCGUGAACUUACUCCCACCCAGGAUGGAAGAGAAAGACGCAGUGACGAUAUCCGCGCAGCUACAAGCAAAAAGCGAGGAGACCGCAGUGAAAAGUUACCAAUGCCUACAGCCGUCAGUGAUCGAGUUGGACGCCCAAUCGUGAGCUUCGACCGAACUUGGAAACCAAGUGACCAGCCGAAACCUGAUCGUCCAACCCUACCCGUGAUUGAAAUAGCACCACCGACCAUUGAAGUCUCAGCGCCCUCGAUCGAAGUCUCCGAGCCACCCCCAAUCCCCGUCAUCAAUAUCCCGGACAUCAAAGUACCCACUAUCUCCGAGAUAGAAGCUCCUUCUAAGCAACAGACCAGACCAGUGCCCCAGUCGACGAGAAGCUGCCCAACUAAACCAGGUUUCCCAAAACAGCAGGGAUCUGAUUCGAAGAGCCGUUGGUACUCGCCCUAUAUACGAUCUGGCGUCCCUACUGCAAGGUGUGAGCUAUGUACACUUUCCAUUUCCGGAAAAAUCGUGACUGCUGGCGGAUGUCGAUUCCACCCGGAGUGCUUUACCUGUUUCCACUGCCAUACAGCUCUGGAAUGUGUGGCUUUCUAUCAAGAACCAGAGUCUAGCAGAGCCGAAAGAUUAGCAACCGAAGCUAAUGAUCAUGAGGCCUGUGUGCCACGUUUCUACUGCCACUUGGAUUUCCACGAGAUGUUCAGCCCCCGUUGCAAGAGCUGCAAGACCCCUAUUGAAGGAGAAGUGGUAGUGGCAUGUGGUGCUGAAUGGCAUGUCGGCCACUUCUUCUGCGCAGAAUGCGGUGAUCCCUUCGAUUCCCAAACUCCCUUUGUCGAGAAAGAUGGCUUCGCAUGGUGUCUCCACUGCCACUCGCGCCGUACCGCACCACGUUGUUUGGGCUGUAAACAGCACGUCAUGGACGACGUUGUCAUUUCUGCAAUUGGCGGCCAGUGGCACGAGCGCUGUUUCAAUUGUCACGAGUGUGGCGAUGGCUUUGGUCCGGAGGGUCGGUUCUUCGUUCGUGAAGGCGAGCCCAAGCGAACAGCCAAGGGCCGCAUCAUCGGUGGUCCAGUUCAACUGGCUAUCUGUGAGAGAUGUGAAGGUAUCCGUCUUAAGGCGCCUGGAAUGUGCUAG